AUGAAAGUUCUUCAAAAACAUCAUCCAAUGUUGAUGAUGUUAUCGUUGACAUUGGUCAUCAUAUCAUCAUUAUUGUUUGGAAUUGUCAAUUCUUCAUACCUUAUAGAUGGUCAACAACCUGGUACAUGCCAAGUAUUGACAUCUAGUUCCUAUUGUUAUCCACUAGUAUCACCACAAGGUCAACCAGUCUACAUUCCAUUCAAUGUCACCAUCGAUCAGAUCGAAACAAAUAUCACCUCACUCUUAUCACUACCAUUGAAUGAUGAGUGUUUAAAACCAGCCCAACUUUUAUUAUGUUCAAUGUACUAUAAUCCAUGUAAUAAUGUUACCAUUGAUUAUGGUAAUGGAACUACAACUCCUAUUCUUUUACCAUCAUUUCCUUGUUUCAAUGUUUGUGAAACUGCAUUUCAAGGAUGUUCAGAUUAUAUUCAAUAUUUACCACCAAAUUUUAAAUGUGAUAUGAAUACUAGUAGUGGACAACAACAAUAUCCACAAUACCAAACCUCGUUUAAUAUAACAUUGGAGAAUGUAACCGGAACAGGUGAAAAUAAUUAUACAACUGAAUUAAUACAAUGUAAUGAUAAAUAUACUGGAAAUAUUGUUGGAUCAUGUCCAAUACCAUUAAUAUUUGCACCAAAUAGAAGUAAAGAUACAUAUUAUACAAUUAGUGAUAAUUGUGUUUUACCAUGUCCAUUCCAACUUUGGAAUGAGAGUGAAGAGAAAGCAAUCAAAGACGUUUCUCUCAUUCUAUCUGUACUUAGUUUUGUAUGUUCUGUAUUCUUGAUCAUUUUCAAUGGAAUCUUACCAAACAAAAUAUCAACAACCAACGAAUCCAUUCUCUAUGUUGCACUUGGUGCAUUAUUUCUUGCCAUUUCUCAAUUUCAAAAUCUUGGACAAAACAAUUUUAGUUGUUCAGAAGAUCCUGGUAGAUAUGUAACACAGAGUGAUGUGGAAUGUGGAAUUAAUGGAUUUUUAUUUCAACUUGGAGCGAUUCUAGGAUUGUUUGGUUGGGGUUAUGCUAGUUAUGAUUUCUAUAGAACUAUUCGUCUAAAAUCUAUUGAAAAAAUAAGAUAUAUUCGUAUAGUCAUUUGGUCACUGGUUGCAUUGAUGUGUUUUAUUCCUUUUGCAGGUCAAAGAUAUGGUUCUACAUUGGCAACAAGUGGGUGUUGGAUAACAGGUGAUAAAAACAAUCCAUGGCCAUACCUUUUCUUUUAUGCUGAGGCUAUCCCCACAGUAUUGAUCAUUCUACUAUUCACAGGAUUAACAACUCAAAAGUUAUAUUCUGUAUACAAACAAAUUCAAAGUCAAUCAAUGUUAUUAUAUGAUAUUAAAUUAAUGGUAGUAAUGGUAUUAAUUAUUUUCAAUUCAACAUUUGUAUUAUCAUUUAAAUUCUAUAUGGAUAAACAAACAGAUGAUAUUAGAAGUAGAAUAGCAGAUUGGGUUCAAUGUAUAGCACAAAAUGGUGAAUCUAGUUGUGAUUUGAAUAUACCAGAUUAUUCAUUAAGAAUUCUUCAAGUCAUUACAACCAAUAGUUGGGGUAUAUUAGGUUUUAUUGCCUUUGCUCUUGAUGCCAGUAGUUUGGCAUUGAUCCGUCAAUCCAACAGAGCCAACAAAUUACUCAAAUAUUUUGGAUGGGAAUUCAAACAAACAAAGUCACUUACAGGUACUGGGAACCAUCGUCUAAGCAAGAUUAUUCCUUCAAAUACAGCAACAACAUCUAUAGGCAGUACAUCAUCUACCAGUGAUGGCACUACAUCAACUAUAACUAUUCAAUCAAAUGUUCCAAAUUCAUAA